CUUUACAGCGACUGCACCAGUCAACUCUAUUAGAGGCGAGUUCAGUGGGAGAGGAUCGCGCGCGCCGCGCCGGGACCAGCGCUGGGUAUGGGUGGCAAGAGGCGCGCUCUGCUCCCAACUACUGCGCUUCGCAGGGCAGGCAUGCUAGCCACUUUGCUGCCGUGACCUCCUGAUCGAUUGCCAUUCAGUUCUGGAGAACUUUGUAAAGCUUUAGAUAUGGAGAUAAUCACAUCAGCUUUGGCCGUGCUAUUGCUCCUUUCGGUCCAACGGAACAAAUUAACCAGGGCGAUGAUGAGUGAUAUUGGCGACUAUGUAGGUACAGACAUUGAAAUAUCCUGGUUGCCUAAUCUGGAUGAUUUAAUGAAGGGGUACGCGCGAAAUUUCCGUCCUGGGAUAGGAGGCCCUCCAGUGAACGUCGCGAUGGCCAUUGAAGUCGCCAGCAUAGACCACAUCUCUGAGGCCAACAUGGAAUACACCAUGACCGUGUUCCUCCGGCAGAGCUGGAGGGACGACCGCCUGGCCUAUAACCACACCAACAAGACACUGGGGCUGGACAGCCGCUUUGUGGACAAGCUGUGGCUGCCGGACACGUUCAUCGUCAACGCCAAGUCGGCCUGGUUCCACGACGUCACCGUGGAGAACAAGCUGAUUCGCCUCCAGCCAGAUGGAGUGAUCCUCUACAGCAGCCGAAUUACCUCGACAGUGGCCUGUGACAUGGACCUGACUAAGUACCCCAUGGAUGAGCAGGAAUGCAUGCUGGACUUGGAGAGCUAUGGCUACUCCUCUGAAGACAUUGUUUAUCACUGGUCUGAGAGUCAAGUGCACAUCCAUGGGCUGGACAAACUGGAGCUUUCCCAGUUUACCAUUAUAGACUACAGAUUUGUCACGGAGAUGAUGAACUUUAAGUCUGCGGGACGAUUUCCACGGCUCAGCCUCCGUUUCCAGCUGAGACGGAACCGCGGCGUCUACAUCAUCCAGUCCUACAUGCCAUCCAUCCUCCUGGUGGCCAUGUCCUGGGUCUCCUUCUGGAUCAGCCAGUCAGCGGUACCUGCGAGGGUGUCGCUAGGGAUCACCACAGUGCUCACCAUGACGACCCUGAUGGUCAGUGCUCGCUCCUCCCUGCCCCGGGCGUCGGCUAUCAAGGCCCUAGACGUCUACUUCUGGAUCUGCUACGUGUUUGUGUUCGCAGCGCUGGUGGAGUACGCCUUCGCCCACUACAACGCGGACUACAAUCGCAAGCAGAGGGCCAGGAUCAAGGCCAACAAGAUGGGGGCGGAGUCCAUUGUGAAGAAUGGGAAGCAGGCUAUGGUUAUGUACUCCCUCUCUGUCGCGGGCAUGAAUCAGGGCCUGAUGGUCUCCAACCGGCAAGGACGAGCCCAGCGGCCCGCAGACGCUCCCGCGGAGUCAGAUGGCACAGAAACACGGACAACCAGGGGUAGACGGCUGGAAAACCCAGAGGAGAAGAAGGGAUGCCUGAAGUCCAUGUUCAAGCCCAUCGAUGCCGACACCAUUGACAUCUAUGCCAGGGCUGUUUUCCCAGCAGCCUUUGCGGCGGUGAACGUCAUCUAUUGGGUGGCAUACACCAUGUGAGCAGGGACCAUGCUGGAAUCAGGCAGUCGACAUAAAUACACUGUAACUGUGGCUGUAAAAAUGACAUCAAACUUAUCAAAGGAGCACUUUUGAUCCACAACAAGCUUGACAUAGGACACUAUGGGGGGACAGAACAGCACACAAAUAUCCGCUUUUUGUGUCUUCAUACAUGCCCAAAAAACUUCAGAUAAGGGAUGCGGGUGCUGUUAUAUUGAUUUUAUAUUGCCAUAUUGUCAUGAUGCUUAGGACUUUACAGACAAAUAAACACUUAAUCCUA